AUGAACUGGACUGGAGGCCGUCUACAGCGACACUCAAAAGAUCCCAACGCACUCCAAAAACAAAGAUUUGCAAAGCCCAGGUCAAGAAGAACCGAUGACGCUCAAAUACCUGAAAUCUUCCAGAAACUGUCUCAAUUCCAAGGCCCUAAGUCGCGACAGCGUACACUUAGUGGGAGCUACGAGCGACGAGACCAGUCUAGCAGAAACUUACACGGGCGGUCCAACACUCCAGCAUACACGAGCGACGAACCUCCCCAAGUCUUAUCCCGCUUAGACCGCAUCAAACGCCAACUGCUGGGAACGAACGACUGGGCCGCAAUUGGGGUCACCCGUCCAGUCAAGAUGUCAUUCACACCUACAGAGGAACUGGAGAGAUUUGGGAAAAGGCGGAAACUGACAGAGGCGGAUCACAACAGGUUGGUUUCUUCUGGUGGCAGGAUUAACCAGCCGAGGCCUCGUGAGAGAGCGCGAGAGCGUGCGUCAUCCGAAUUUGGAACGAUUGGAAACGUGGAUAUCCAAAUACAUCGGCCGCCAGCUGAUCCAGCGUCCUCGAGUGAUAGUCACAACAAAACGAGCAACGAGUCGUCUCAGUCAAUGCUCCUGGACAGGGAGGAUUCCAACCUUACGUAUCGGAGCUCAUCAACAAAUGGAGAAGCAUACGGCCCAAGCAGGGGAAGAACCAUUUCCAGCCAAUUACUUCUAUCGUCUCAGAACCUUCCCAGACAGUCGCCAUCUCUUGCGCCAUCAGACAUCGCUCUUCCUGUUGAGUCUGUAUCUCAAGACAAGGACCAGCAGUACGCUAAUCGAUCCAGUUCUCAUCCAUAUCUACAACAAUCUAGAUCGCCGACGAGGCUCGACAGCCGUACUCCCAGCCUUCACCAGCCAAUUCCACAAUUCCCCAGACGUUUUACUAUUGAUGAUCAAAUUGCUGCUGAACUAGAAGCACGGCCCUCGCGUAAAAUGUGGGAUGAUCAUGCGCAACUACACCAUAGCGACACAGCCGGUAGCUAUGCGACAAGCGAGUGUUCGUCCGAGAAGAUGCGCAAUGAACAUGGUCUCGGAUGCGCUACAUCUGGUACACGAUCUGCUUCGAGCAACCAAUUAUCUGGUUGGCUUCCGGAACCAAAGCAUCACAUCCAACGGUUCGUGGGCCAGGACGAUCCUUGGGCCAACACAUCGUUUGCGGUUACGAUGUCGGGGACAUUCGACUGUGGACAACCUACCUACGAUGCCGAGCUAGGUUUAAGGAUGAACGCAUCUGGUUCAUAUACCUCUCCGGUUGAGAUAUUUGGCCAAUCCGUCGCACUCGAUGAAACCGUGGGGGAUACCCAAAAUCAACAGCAGCCGGUAUAUAAUACCAAUCCUCGCUUCAACCUACCCCAAAACUAUAUAACUCCCAGUCCUCAGCAUACUCGAACACAGGAAGAUAUGGAUCCGGAAAGACACGUAUUGAACGAAUUCGUUAAUAGAACAGUGAACCAAGCAUUUAGUGAUCAACCCAGAAGAGAUUUCGAAAUCUACAAAAAUACUCCAUUUACACCAUUUUGCCAGGGAAUCUCGAGACAGCCUGUUCAAAGUAAUGUUGAUUUUUUGAACGAUAUUGCCGAGCAACAAACUGUCUAUGGACAACACCCACCGUCAUCCGCAUCUUCAAAGCAGAAAGCAACCGAUAGUCGACAGAAACAUAUCGCCAAUUUGUCUUCAGAUCCGCUUUCAAUAGGUAGAACGUACCGAAAGCCCUUCGAAUUCUACGGGCGCCUUGGGCAUGAACUACCUUGA